CUGUCAGACUUCUACAGGCUGGACACACAGAGAGGUCACACGGAGGAACUUCUCUGCCAACCUGACACUUGGAAUUGCUCUUCGUUGCUCUAGGAUUGGGGAUUAACUAGCUGGCAUUUGCUCGGUGGCUUCUGAGUUGAGAAAGAAGAGACAGAAGACAAGAUGAGCUCCUCACCUCUGCUCAACGGGGUGUCGAAGCCAAAUGCCAAAUCGAUUUACGAACAAAGAAAGAAAUAUUCAAAUGUUAUCAUGGCCGACGUGUCUCAGUAUCAAGUGAACCAUCUGGUAACAUUCACAAUAGGGGAGGAUGAUGAUGUCCACACAGUGGAAGAUGCCAUCCGUAAGCUGAAUGCAGUGGAUGCCAAGGGAAAAAUCUGGAUCCAAGAAAUGUUAAUAGAAGUGAACAGCACAGUGGUCAAGCUCCUCGAUUUGGGCAGCAAGGAGGUACUAGAAGAAUUUCCCCUAUCUGCCAUCCAGCGGUGUGAUACGGUUCUGCCAGAGAGAAGGAAUAAACCUCUGUUGAUACUGGUCUGCCAGGACAAAUAUCAGCCAAAACCCGAUGUGUAUUUCUUCCAGUCUGAUAACGUUGAGGCACAUUUAAUCAAAGAAGAUAUCAACAGUGCUGUGUCAGAUUUUCAGACCGGUGUUAAUGCAAAACGUCCUGAAGCUCUAAGGAACAAUCAGGAGCAGCUUGCCCAAAGGGCACCUGGUCCCAAUACAUUCACCCCAUUAGGCCAGUGGAGGCAGCCGACAACACAGUAUGUGACCCCAGCAGAAAUCCUGGAGAGAGAAGCUCACCGUAAACCAAUGGUAAAGCCACCUCGCUCAUCUCUGACCCCCAAAAUCACUGUCAAUACACCUGAUCAGGGGCAACAGUCAGUCGAGACACCACAGAACUCACAGGAACCAUUAUACAGCGAAAUCAAGCGCCAAGACAAACCGCCGCAGUUUGUGAAGGAGUCGGGGAGUCCUCAGAUGCAACAGAAAACAUCCAAAGUUGCAGAAGAAGCUGCAAUGGACCCAUCGGCCGUUCGAUCCGGACAUGAAGUGGACUUGCUGAACCACUGCUUCGAUGACAUUGAGUUCUUUAUGGGCAGUCUACAGAAAUCUGCUGAAGCAUUUAGAAUGCUCAACCAAAGAAAAAAGUCCAGAAGAACCAAGAAGAAAGCAGCUGGUGAGGGACUUUUGACUCUUCGAGCGAAGCCACCCAAAAUCGAGGAAUAUGAGGACGCUGUGCAAAAAUUCAAAUAUUGCUUUUGCAUCCUGGCAAGAGUUAAAAAUAACAUUGUAAAUCCGAGCGCUGUUGAACUUCUUCAUUUCUUGUUUGGCCCACUAAGAACGCUGGUGGACAGUUGUGGUGGUGUGGACAUGCCGUCAGAAAUGACCAGUCCAAUGCUAACAAAGGAAGCGGUAACUUUUUUGAGAGAAAGCUUAAAUGACCAGGAGCUAGAGCUUUGGACUUCCCUUGGGCCAAACUGGACAAAGCCACGGGUGGAAUAUCCCAGGGAAUAUUCUCAGUCAUACAUUCCAACAUUCAGAAGUGGAUGGGUACCUUUUAGCACAAAUGGCAAACCAUGGGAAGAUCCAGUUGAACUUCAGCAUCGACAUGAAGAACUUCGGGCUCAGCAAUCUGCACCUCAAGUCAAUAUACCUGCCUCUAUUCCAGCAGUAAAUGGCAGCCAUGAAGAAACAGACACCAGGCAUGUGAGCUGUGCAUAUGACUUUGUGGCAAGAAAUAGCAGUGAAUUGUCUGUGUUACAUGGAGAGGUCCUAGAGGUCAUUGAUGACUCCAAAAAGUGGUGGAAGGUGCAGAAUCGCUUUGGACAAAUUGGUUAUGUUCCUUACAACAUUCUUGCUCCCUACACUGCUCCAGAUGCCAACAAAGCAAAAUUAAAUGGAUCCCAGCAAUCAAGCCCAGGCAAGGUUGUACCUCCAACACCACCAAAAAAACCCUCAAAUGGUAGUGGUCGUAACUCAUGGAAUCAGACCAAUGGACUGAACCAAGAACAGAUAACUGAACAAGGCAAAAUGGAAAGAAUAAGCAGCAUGAAUGAGGAGCUGCUACUCCGGUUGGCUAAUGGUCGCACAGCGCCACAGAAGAACUUGAAUAUACAGAAGAUGCCAGAUACCUCCAUCCCUCUGACCAAUGAAUCGAGUCCUACUGAAGUCACUGCUUGGUUGCAGGCCAAAGGUUUCAAUACACUGACUGUAAAUUCCCUGGGAGUGCUGAAUGGGGUUCAACUCUUCUCUCUCCGGAAGGAUGAAUUUAGGGCAGUGUGUCCUGAAGAGGGAGUCAGGGUAUACAGCCAGGUCAUGGUGCAGAAAGCUCUUCUUGAGGACUCAAGGAAUAUCUCAGAGCUGGAGGCUGUGAUGGAGAGACAGAAAAAAAAGGUAGACACGAACGGGCAAAGAGGAACCUUCUGAGGAAAACCAAAGAUUGUCAUGGACUUAAUAAAGACUAUUUAUCUCAUCCCAAAGAGUAUCUAUAUAUAUAUAUAUCUAUAUAUAUAUAUAUAUAUAUAUAUAUAUAUAUAUAUAUAUAUAUAUAUAUAUAUAUAUAUAUAUAUAUAAUGUAUAAAUAUAACUACAUUAAAUAUCUAGAUAUGCCAAAUCCAGAUGCAAUGAAGAGCAUGGCAAAAACAUUUGAUGGAUAUGCAGAGUCCUGUAGAGACAGAACUGGUUCAUUGGAGUAGCUGAUCAAAGGGUGGAUGUGGUUGUUAAUCAUCAAGAAGACGUCUUCAGUCCAAUUAUGAAGUCUGUAGAAGUAAAGCUAUAAAUGAAAUCUCUAUAUACCUAUAGCACUGGCCCUCCUGUGUCAUCCUCUUAAAUAUUUCUGUUACUUGGAAUUACAGUGCUUCGUUCUAUCUGUUCUGGGCUUACAGAAAUUGAACAUCAGCAAGUUCAGCAGUGCACUCUGAAACCACUACAAAGAAAGCAUGCUCCCAGAUCACCGGUAAAAGCAAACAAUCUUUAUUGUGAAUUAGAGGGAAUUUUCAAAGUAAAAAAAUUUUCAAUUUGAAGACAUUUUUUGGAUACUUCGACCAUCGAAUAGGAUACUACGACUUCGAAUUCGAUUCGAAGUAAAAUCGUUCAAAUAUUCGAUCAUUCGAUAAUCGAAGUACUGUCUCUUUAAACUUUUACUUCAAUAUUUUGCCAAAUUAAACCUGCCGAAGUGCUAUGAUAGCCUAUGGGGACCUUCUACAGCAUUUUUGUGUAGUUUUUUGAAGUCGAAGUAAAAUCGUUUGGAUUCGAAGGAUUUAAUCGUUCGAUCAAACGAUUUUACUUUAACCGCAAAUGGGCAAAUUCGAUGUUAAAAAACAUCGACUUCGACAUUCGAAGUCGAAGUAAAGCCAUUCGAUGGUCGAAUUUCGAAGUAUUUACCACUUCAAAAUUCGACCCUUGAUAAAUCUGCCCCAUAGCGUCUGAGAUGUGGUAAAAGAUAGUUUGCUGCUGCUGAAUUUGCUGAUGUGCUGAUUACGUUCUUCUUAGUGACGGACUCGGGGCGGCUGCACCCGGGUCACAGCGAGGUCGGGGUAAGACUCAUCCUUAUAUACUUCAUAUAUUGUCCCGUGUGGGGAGAUUAAUUGGAUUAUACCAACUCCCAGCCUUGAGUGAGGGGUCCGGGGCAGAGUGCACCCGGACCAAAAAGUGUUAAAUGGUGAGCUACACGGGGAUUUUAAGGAGUGCUCGGAAAAUUAUAGUCUUAUCCCACCCAGUGUAAUUAAAUAAUUGAAUGUGAAGCCCGGGAGUAGCGCCGGUUACAUAUAUGUUUGGUGCCAUUACAGAAAUCGAAUACCUGUUGAGAUUUGAUGAAGCCGGUUUCCUAAAGUUUUUCUUUAAGGAACCCCCAGGGCAAAAUGAUUAUGUGUUAUGAGUCUGAAAACAUCUGCAUCCAUUUCCCAUGACCUGGGACUCUAGAUAUGGUCACCGGGAGCUGAGUUACAGUGCAAUAAUAUGUCAACUGGUAAGGUAAUAACAGGUGGCAAGAUUGCUCCAAUUCUAGAAGCCAAUAGCAACAAAGCAGCAUUUACUGGACUUCUGUUUAAAAGCAAACAUCUGACUGGUAGCCACUGGUUACUAUACCUGGAGCACACGUGCCCCUAUUAUACAUUACCUCCGGUUAAAUGAUCAAGCCUUUAACUGCAAAUUACUUGUACGGGACUUAUAACACCUUAUUGUGGUUUUUGGAAACCUGUUGUCUUAAAAUGUCUCUUUUUUUAAAAAAAAAAAAAAAAAUUAAAUGUCUGUCUUUAUUUAAAUGCAUAAAACAAAAUGUAAAGGGCUCCUUACUGGGCUGUUUAUUUCUUUGAAUUAAAUUUGAAUUAUG